AUGCUAGACAACACAGAUAUCAUGGGGAUUACAGAAAUAUAUCCAAAGAAUUUUAGGUAUUUGCCAAACAAAGCUGAAUUAAGAAUUGAAGGAUACAACCUUUUCAUAAAUGAGAACUCGGGAGAUCGACAGAGAGGAGUCGGGCUGUACAUAAAGUCAGAACAUCAUGGAGUAGAAGUAGACAUGGGAAGCACAUUUAAGGAAAGUAUUUGGGUUAAGAUAAAACUCUCAAGAAAUAAUUGUCUAUUGGUCGGAUGCAUAUACAGGAUUCCAAAUUCAGACGAGGAAAACACAAAGGAAUUACUGAAACUGUUAGAUAAGGUAUCGUCAAAGAAGGAAUAUAGCCACUUAUUAAUCAUGGGAGAUUUUAAUUUGCCGAAAAUAGACUGGAAUUCAUGGUCACCUGGUAAUGACAAACAAAGCGAAAGUUUUGUAGAAUGUUUAAGGGACAAUUAUCUUUGCCAACAUACAACAGAUUUUACAAGAAUAAGAAAAGGAAGCGAGCCAAGUAUUUUAGAUUUAAUAUUAACAAAUGAAGAUGAAAUGAUCAGAGAAAUUAAGUACGACAGCCCAGUAGGAAGUAGUGACCACUUGGUUUUGAUCUUCAAAUUUCAUUGUAAUAAAACUCCUUCUGCGAAUAAAACCCAUCGUCUGAAUUACAACAAGGGCGACUUCGAAAGCAUGAGAAAUGAUGUCCCUAUAAACUGGAAUAGAAUACUCAAUGGCAGCAUAGAUAAAAUGUAUAAAUCUUUUACAGAGAUUAUUGAAGCAAGUGCAAACAAAUAUAUACCAAAGAGAAAGUCUAAAUGCCACCCAGUAUCUGGAAAACUUAAUCCACCCCUGAAUAAAGACACUUUGAAAUUAAUAAACAAAAAGCAUAGGACAUGGCAAAGAUACAUGGAAACAAAAAGUGAGAGCAAGUACAAAGAAUAUGCUAAAGCCAGAAACCAAGUAAAGUGGGAACUUAGGAAAUCUAGAAGAGAAACGGAAAAGAGUAUAGCGAAGGAUAUAAAGCAACAUCCAAAACGUUUCUGGAAAUACGUUAACUCAAAAAGGAAAAUUAAAAUAGGAAUUUCAGACUUAAAGGGACUUAAUGGAGAUGAUCAGCAGAUGGCAGUAACAGACAGGGAAAAAGCCGAAGUCCUAGCCAUUUUUUUCAGUAGUGUUUUUACAAAGGAACCCCCCGGGGCCCUACCUGAGUUUGAAAACAGGAAUCCAAGCUACCAUUUUAAAGAAAUUGUUUGUAAUCAGAAUGUCGUGGAAAAAUUACUCGGGAACCUAAAUGAAAACAAGUCACAGGGACCAGAUAGAAUGCAUCCAAAAAUUCUAAAAGAGAUCAGAUAUUCUUAA